AUUAUUGUUACUCUCUUAGGCUGCGUCCCCCAUGUUCCAGGAGUACAGCACGCAGGUCCUGAAAAACUCCAAAACCAUGGCCUCCGCUCUGCUGAAGAGAGGGUACACCCUGGUGUCAGGGGGCACAGAUAACCACCUUGUCCUGGUGGAUCUGCGUCCCAUAGGGCUCGACGGUGCCCGGGCUGAAAGGGUUCUGGAGCUGGUCUCCAUCACUGCCAACAAGAACACCUGUGCUGGGGACAAGAGUGCCCUCACCCCUGGAGGCCUACGACUGGGAGCCCCCGCCCUGACCUCCAGACACUUCAAAGAAGCCGACUUCGAGCAGGUGGUGGACUUCAUGGAUGAGGGCUUCAAAAUUGCGUUGGAUGUGAAGAAGAAAACAGCUAAACUUCAAGACUUCAAGAAUUUCUUGCUCAGCGACUCCGAGACGGUGUCCAGGAUAGCGGGACUGCGGCAGCGAGUAGAGAAGUUUGCCAGGCAGUUCCCAAUGCCAGGGUUCCAGGAUCAUUAACACGGGGAAAGAGACACGCCAGACAGGAGGAGCCGUGACAUCACGACACAGGGCUGCUCCAGCUUACUGAUCCUGCCCUUUUUUUAAAAAUCAGAUGUCAUUCAGUAAGGAACAAUCCAUCUCGAAAUCAAUCACUGGCUGAUAUAUGAACCGUACCUGUUGAAAAGUGAUUAAGAUUGGCCUCUUUUGGAGUUAGUUUCGCAAAGGACAGUCACCACAAAUCACAGCUUUUAUGAUUUUUAAAAAAAAAAAUGUUAUGGUUGCUGCUUUCUAAGUUUUUAUUUAGUGUUUUCGAUUGUAACAAAUACACACACACGCUGCUGAGUGACCAACGUUAUCCGAAUCUUCAACUACCACCCUAUUAUGAAGUCAAAGGUUUUUUUUUUUUUUUUACACAAUAAUUAAAAGGUGUAUUAGAUGUUAUAAAUGUGCCUGGGCUGGCUUCCUAUUCAAUUCAUAAGGCCUUGAAUUCAGUAAAACUUGAUACAGGCAGAAAAACAAAGGCAAUGAAAACUGUGUGUGUGCUUUGCCUAGCGCGGAAAAGUAUGGAACUAAUUUUUUUUUUUGUUUGUUUUGUUUUUUAAUUAAUUAUGUUGAUUUUACUUUCCGGCUGCUGUCUUACAAUCUUCUGACAACUCAAAAGAAAAAAAAAAAAAAUUCAAACCUUACAUUUUGUCGAACUGAAAACACAAAAGCCAAUCUGAUCAAUAGACUUGAAUGGCUCGCGGCUCCAAAGCAGUCGAAUCUCGGCAACAAGCAACAAUUUUUUUUUUUUUUUUUUAAAUAAAACAGAUUUAUUAACUGUGAGAAUCCCCAACUAACAUCUCAAACUGUUUACAUCCGUUCUUCUAACCAAAAUGUAUUGAUAUUGGCAAAGUUUCAGAGAAUUUUUGCACAUUUCAUAAAAUAUCUAAUGGCUGCACGUACAGUAAAUCCUUUAAUAUAAAAUAUGAAAAAAAGGUAUAUAUUAACUAGAGACCCAGAAGAUUGUAAACAUUGCUUUUAUAAUUUGUUUUAACUGUUUGAAUUUGUUUUGCUAGUUGUUAAUUUUUAACUACUAAAAAGAAAGGUAUGCUAUGCAAAAUCCAUUUGCCUUCCGUCUCCUGUGUGUAUAUAUACAAAUAUAAUAUACUUGGGUAUCAGUUAUUUAUUUAGUUGCUUGGUUUUUAAAAGCACAAAUAUGCUAGCUGGGUGCCUGCAAUAUAUCAAUACCAUCUCCCCUGGGCAGUGCUGUGGGUCAUUUUAUAAUGCAUUGUACACCCAGUACUUUUUACUGGUCCAGCUGUGUUACUGAAAACCUGUUUUAAUGAAAUGCUCUAAAUUGAGUUCAAGGUUAGAAGGCCAUCAGUGAUGUCACUGCCUUUUAAAUUCAGUCAGUUUCAAAGAUGUUUUGGAACUGAAACAGGAUUUGGGGUGACGUCAUGGAUGAAGUUUAAGAUGGGCGGAGUAGUCCCCGAACGCAGUUUUAAAAGGAGAUUUUUGUCUUCUAAAAGUGUGCUGUAAUAAUAAAUCAAGCCUUUUAUUAAAUGAACUUGAGUGGCCUACAAAAAUGAAUCCAGCAUACUUUGUUUUCAGUGUGUUAAUGUGAGAAAAUGAGGACAUUGAUCUGAAAUGAUUCAGUGUCAGGUUGAAAUAUAUAUCUACACACACACACAGAGUAGAUGCCACUUAUUAACAACCUCUCGAUUGCCAAUAAGCGAAAAGCCCCUGUUUUUAAGUGUAUUUAUAUGGAACAACGAUAUAUUUUGCAGUUGUACAAAUACGGCACUGAAAUACAUGUGUUUUAAAUGUUAGUGUACAGAAAUGAACAUGAGAAAACCUGAAAUACCCAAACAUAGAACUGUUUACUUCACGCGUGUGUAAAACAAGACAAUGGUUAAACAUCACCACACAGCGCUGCACUGCAAGCGACCUUACAACAAGCAAACAUAAAAAACACGCGUUGUACUUACAAUCACUUCUAAAGAGCACACUUUUAAAGAAAUUGUUCAACGCUGUCCGUUUUUUUUAACAAUGUGCCACCUCCCGCGGUAAAUCUCAAAUUUGCAUGCAGCUUCGUAGCCAUUUUCAAAGCCACGAUUCUGCCUCAUUCCGACAGAAAUAAGCAGUUGCGAAGUCAGUGUGUAAUAAAAGCUGCAUGGAGUAUGUGCAUAAAUCCUGCAAGUGCGCUCUGUAGCACUGGCACCUAGUAAUAAAGCUAUCAAUAAACGCCCUGCAGUUGCUAAUAUCAGAACUGCAUCAACGUUAAAGUCUGUGGGACAGGAUUGGUGCCUGGGAAAAUGUUGUUAAUAACCAAAAGCUGUCUUUAUCAGGGUUGCUAAUAACUGGCAUAUAUAUAUAUAUAUAUAUAUAUACAUACACACACACACACACUUUUUUUGUGUGCUCAUUUUUUAUUUCUUUUUUAUUAAAGACCCUGCUGGCCUCCUGCUGUUGCUAGUUAUCCAGUGUUACAAAGGACACACUUGGGAAGCGCUCAUAAUGAGCCUGCUGUGAUGUGCUAGCAGACGCUGCUUUGCAUUGAUUUGCAUUGCGCUCUGUGUGAAUUCAUCAUGAAAUGGUACCAUUUUUGCCGAUGUUAGUCUUAAUCCAUGUUUAUUAAUCAUGGAAAAGCUCGAGCUGCCUGCAGGAGUGUCGUGUUUUUGUGUUUGCUCAGCCUUUUAUUUUGAACAUUGAAACGGUCCUAAUUCUUAAUAAAUCACAAUAACAA